CUAAAUUAAUAUAUUGAAGUUUUUUAUAAUGGUUUUUAUUUUCCAGUGGAAUUUUAGAGGUUAUCAUUUCUAAGGGAGCUUGAAUUGUUACAUGGUAUUGAAUAUGUUCAAUAGUUCUAAUAAUGCGUUUGUGUGUAUAGUAAAUGUAAUAUCUGUAGCAUUUAUAAAUAUUAAUAAUACAUACUAUAUGGGAAACAAAAAAUUUAUUACUUUGAAUUUUAGGAAUAGUUUUUAAGUUUAAGAAUAUGUAUGUAUGGCAUAACUUUUGAAGAUACUAAGUAUGAAUCUGUUGUAGUUGGGAUUUGAGUGACAGUAACAUGUGAGUGUCUCACACAGUGCUAUUUUUGGUUUCUGGGUGUUGGCUUUUCUUCAGUAGCUAUAGAAAGCUAAAUGAGGUACAUUUGGAGGCUCUGAAAUGAAGAGGAACUUUUAAUAUGAUUAUUUUGAACUUUUCAACAUGGGUUGCUGCUUCAGCAAAGAAUUAAACAACAGCAAUAACAAUGAAAAAACUGGCCUUUUAGGAAAAUCGGAGGAGGCAGAAGUACCGGAAAACAGGAUAAGUAAAACUUUAUCUUCACUAUUCGAUACUGUGGAAGGUAAGGAACUACACAAAAUAGAAAAUAGAGCCAAUGGGACAACGACUAGAAUUAAUAGUUGGGAGAAAGAGCCAAAUCUUAAAGAUUUGUUUUGGACCAAAAAAGUGAAGUUUCCUUCUUUUCAUAUUUCAGAGACUGAACAUGAAGUGCCUUGUAACACUAGCAAUUCGUUUAAUUUUAUUCCUUCAUUAAAUUUGGUACACAAAAUCUUAAAUAGAUAUGAAAAUUUAGAGAAAAAUGAAAGGAAAAAAGCUGAAGAACCUGUUACUAAUGCCUACUUUAUUGAUAAUGGAAAUAAACUUAACAUAUCUAAAGAUAGGAGUUCUCAAGGCGAUAUUUCUUUUUCAUAUGCAUCAAUGCUUUCAGACCAAAACUUACAGGAAGAGUUUUUUUUAAAUACAAGCCAUCUGGAAUAUUACCCAGUAACUUGUAAAGGCUCAUUAUCAGAAAGGGAAAUAGUGGCAAACGUCCAAAUCAGCACUAAUAAUGAGAACAACAAAACUUUAGGUGUUUCUGAGGGACAAACAGAUGAAAAACCAACUUGCAUUGUUCACAAACAAAAUAGUAAUUCAAGAGAGAAUGAAUUUUAUAGUAUUUGUGUUAUUGAUUCUGACUGCCUAAAAAUGGAAGAAGAGAUUUCUCCUAAUGUGUGUGGAGAAACUGCAACAGAUGAAAACCAUUCAGCUGUUACCAGUGAGGGAAUGUGUACCAUGGCAUGGCCUCUAGAUAAUGAGAAAGAAUUUUUAGUCUGGCAUGCUGUACAAGGGGGAGCUAAGUUAAACAAACAACAGAAAGAAUCGUCCCAGUGUGAAAUCUUAUCUUCAAGUGAAGUAAAGAAAGUUUCUAAUGAGGAAAGUAAGUGUAUUACUGAACUACUUACUGCAAAUGAUCCAUUGCAUACAUUGGAAGAUAUUUCUAGCAUAUUAGUUGAUAAUUUAAAGUUAAAAGCAAAUGCUGAAUUUCCUAAAGAGCAUAAACAGAACAAUUUAUUACAUAAUUAUGCCAGAGAUGGUGAUUUAUUAAAAGAUGGAUGUGUUGAUCAAGAAGAAAAAGAUAUCCCUGUUUUAGAGAAAUUAAGUCAUUUGGACAAUUCAUCCAUUAAUUUCCUCAAAGACCAUGGAGAUAGUAAAAUUGAUGUUGAAUGUGAUGCUUCAACUGUGAGUAUAUGUCAGAACUUAAGUUCCAGAAGUGAAGUGGAAAAUAGUUAUCUGAAGAAAACCUCAAGUGACAGUAGAGGUAAAGAUGAAUUAGAAUUUAAUAGAACAGAAGACUUUUUUUCUGAAAGCCCAGGUGAACUACAUCUAAAUGCAAAUCAGUUAACCAAUAUUGAGAAUUCUCAAAAUAAAUUCCUUCAGAUACUCUAUGUUACAAAAGAUGUAGUGCGUAAUUCUGAUGACCAUCAAAGUGAAUCUUCUUACAUCUUAGACACUAGUGAGAACAUCUUAGAUGAAUGUAGCUUGAAGAAGGAAAAAUUACACCUUGAAAACAUUGAUUUGCUUUUGAACUCUGAGACUCAUUCCCUGCUUAAAAAUGAAGUAAAUAUUUUAAAAGAUGAAAAUCAUGCUAAUGAUAACAUUGAGUCUAAACUCUUAAAUCAGAUGCAUUUAUCUACUGAUAUAAAUAUAAGCAAACCAUUAAUACAAACCAGAGAGAUGUUAAUUUGUGAAUUAUAUGAUAGAAACAAAUAUGAAGUAGACCAAGGACCAAAGAACCCAAUACCUUCUCUCUCAAAAGAAGUACUUGAAAGUAAAAAUAAAAGUUGCCUCCAGUCUUCCAGUUCUGGAAGCAAAAGCUGUGUUUCCCCUUCCUCUCUCUUAAUUUGCCCUGAUAAUAAAAUAGACUUGAUGUCAUUUCAUAUAUUGCCCAAGAAUGAAGAUGAUCAUUGCAGAGUAACUGAAGGUGAAACAGGUCCAUUAAAUGAUCUAUCUGAAAUAAUCCAUAGUGAAGGUAAUAAUUGUGAGACAGAAAGUUUUGAGUCAGAUUUUGAAACUAUCUUUAAUCAAGAAGCAAAUACAGUAAUUUGUAAGGAAAAUUUAUUGCCCAGUCAAAGUGUUCUUUUGGUUUCUCAUGAUAGCCCUGAAAUUUUGAAAGUUUCUGAAGUAAAAAAAAAUAAUCAAAUGAAAAACUAUGAAACUCAGAAAAUCACUAGUAAGUAUAAAAAAGAAUCUUCCAGCUUAUUGCCAUGUUUAUUUCAGUGUUCUAAUUCAAGUGUUACUCAGCCAAAAGUUGAAGAUUACAAGCUGAAGAGAAGUGAAGAUUUUAGUAGUGAUCCACAACUAAAACAAGUUUAUUGUAGAUCCAUGAAAGGAGCUAAUGUUAAUUCUGGCAUCUAUAACUCAAGUUUAAGUAAACCAGGAUUUUAUAAUGAAGAAAAGAAAGAAAGACAAUGUGCAAAAAAAGAGGAUGUUGGUCUUAGUGGUAAUGAUUCAUUAGAUACUUAUGAAACAAAUGACUUCCAGGUUUAUCAUUUAGAAGAAAGAAAUUCUGAACUGCAAAUUAGAAAAUAUGUUUUAAGUGCCAAAGAGAAUGAAGUGGAAAAUUACAAGUUAACACAUGAAAAACUGAAGUCUAGUGACAAGAAAACACUGGGUGAAGUUGACCCAACUCAAAUGGAUAAGUAUGCAACUACUCCGUCUCAUGCCAUAACUCAAGCAAUUCCUGUCAUCUCGAUUGAUGGCAAAGAAACGGUACCUCUUGAUGAAAAUGCCCUACAUCGUACAGAAGAUAAAUUGAAUGUGUCAGAAUGUCCCUUUAAAGUAGACUUUCAGGAUGAAUUGAAUUUCCAUUUCUUAAGUGAACUUUCUUACUACCAAUCUGAAGGGAUGACAAAUCAAAUAUUUUCUACUAGACUUGUUAAUGGUUGUGGUGCUUUCCAAAUGGACUACCAAUGGGCAAAUUCAGUCCCUAAAGAUAUUAUGGAAGAUAUAAAUGACAAGUUACAAAAUAAGUCAAAAGACUUAGAUCUUGCAUCAUUUUCAGUGGAAAGCUACCCAUAUCAACAGUUGAUACCAGAGGAUAAUGGUAUUUGGGGAUGGCAAGAGAGAAGUGAAGAAUUGGAACCAGCCAAGGUUUCAGAGUUAAAUCCUAAUGCAAAAGUAUGGGGAAAUCACAUGUUACACUUGGAAGCAAGUGGUACCACUGAUGGAAAUGUGAGCAAAGCCUGGGAAGAAAUAGCAGAUCACCCCCCAGAUGCCUGCAAAGAAGGAUUGGAUGCCAACAGUAAUGGCGACACAUCAUAUCCGAAUGCAGUGUUAGCAGACCUGCAAGAGCCAGUUUCAUUGUCAGAUCAAGCAGAUAUGAACACUUUGGUCCUGGAGCAUUCAGAAUAUGAAUCAAUGCCUGAAAAUCCCCAGACAGAAGAAAGUGAAGUCGAGGAAGACCCCCGAGAAGUACUUAAAAAAACACUGGAAUUCUGUUUAUCUCGAGAGAAUCUUGCAAGUGACAUGUAUCUUAUAUCACAGAUGGAUAGUGAUCAGUAUGUGCCAAUAACAACAGUAGCUAACCUCGACCAUAUCAAGAAACUCAGUACUGAUUUGGAUUUAAUUGUUGAAGUUCUUCGAUCAUUGCCUUUAGUCCAAGUGGAUGAGAAUGGAGAAAAAGUCAGGCCAAAUCAGAAUCGAUGCAUUGUUAUAUUGCGUGAAAUACCUGAAUCUACUCCUAUAGAAGAAGUAGAAGCACUCUUCACAGGAGAUAAUUUGCCUAAGUUUGUCAAUUGUGAGUUUGCCUAUAAUGACAAUUGGUUUAUAACAUUUGAGUCAGAAGCUGAUGCGCAACAGGCUUACAGAUACCUGAGAGAAGAAGUAAAAAUUUUUCAAGGAAAACCAAUAAAGGCACGGAUAAAAGCAAAGGCUAUUGCUAUAAAUACAUUUUUGCCAAAGAACGGAUAUAGACCUCUGGACAUGAAUCUCUACACACAACAGCGUUACACAACAUCGUUUUAUUUACCUCCAGUAUACAGUCCCCAGCAGCAGUUUCCAUUGUACAGCUUAAUUACCCCACAAACUUGGUCAGCUACACAUAGUUAUCUUGAUCCAUCUUUGGUAACACCAUUUCCAAAUACUGGAUUUAUCAAUGGGUUUACAUCUCCCACCUUCAAACCUGCAGCAUCUCCUCUAACAUCACUCAGACAAUAUCCUCCUAGAAAUAGGAAUCCUAGUAAAUCCCAUCUACGACAUACGCUACCCACUGCAGAUAGAAGACCUGGACUAUUAGAAAGUCCUACAAUAUUUAAUUUCACUGCUGACCGCUUAAUUAAUGGUGUCCGAAGUCCACAAACAAGGCAACCAGGACAGAACAGAACACGGAUUCAAAACACUUCAACUUAUACCAAGAGGGAUCUUGGAAUUGGGAGAAUGGAGCCGAAUAAUCUUGAAUCCUCUUCAGUUUUAGGUAGAGGGAGGAAAAAUUCCUAUGGCUUUCGGAAAAAAAGAGAGGACAAAUUUACACGAAGUCAGACUCAAUCUCCAACACCACCAAAACCUCCAUCUCCUAGUUUUGAAUUAGGCCUGUCUAGUUUUCCACCUUUACCUGGAGCUGCAGGCAAUUUGAAGACGGAGGAUUUAUUUGAGAAUAGGUUGUCUAACAUGGUAAUGGGAACAUCAAAAGAAAGACCCCUGAAUGUGGAUGCAAGUACAAACACUAUUCCUGCAGUAAUGCCUAGAGAGCCUUCAGUGUCAGGUUCUUCUGUUCUGUCAGCAGCAUAUGAACAGUCUCCUUCCCCAGUCCAGUUACCUGAAGAAUCCAAGGUUGUGGAAAACAAGCAGAGGGAAACACACAGCAUGGAACGGCUUUCUUGUGCCCUCACUCCCACUGCGUGUAGAUCGGUGCAAGUUAAUGGAACUCCUGCAGAAUUGAGAAAACCCAGUUAUGCUGAAAUUUGUCAGAGAACAACUAAAGAGCUGCCACCACCUCCUCCUCCUUUACAAGCUCAGAAGGAACAGAAGCCAAAUUCUGCUGGCUGUGGGAAAGAAGAAAAGAAGCCCAUUGAGUCACCGAUGGAGAGAUCCCGAGAACCUCCACCUUCAAAAUCAAAUCCAGGACACCCCAAAGACCAGAGGAGGCAGUCAGGCCGCAGGUCCCCACCGCCAGCCCCUGGGAAGCGUUUGAAUAAGGAACAGAAUACACCUCCCAGAUCUCCCCAAUGAAGAGAGAGAGAGAGUGUGAGAGAGAGAGAGAGAGAGAGAGAGAGAGAGUGUGUGUGUGUGUGUGUGUGUGUGUGUAUGUAUAUGCGUGUGUGUGUGUGUAUGCGUGUGUAUGUAUGAGUGUGUGGAUAUGUAUGAGUGUGUGGGUAUGGGGACUAUGGAAGAGUUCUGUUUACUAAAGUUCCCAUUCAGAGUACAGAGCAUGAGUUGCUGGUUAGGAGCUUGCAGUGGUAUAUGAGGCAUGUGAAAUGCCUUCAAGUUACUUUUCUUCUAUGAAAAAUUAUUUUCCCCUCUUGAAAAACAGUCUAUUUUUUCAGGAUUUAAUUGAUCUAAACCUUAUGUUUAGGUUGGUGCUUAACUGGAGGUGAUGCAUAAAGUCUGAUUUUUUUUCAGGAUAGAAAAUGCAUUUAUCUUAACAAAUUGAUAUUUUUUAUUAAGCCUCCAUGUGGCUAUGAUUACAAGCUAUAUAUCUAUAUCUGCAGAUAUAGAUAUAUAGUGAGUUUUUCUAAAUUAAGCAGAACUCUACUGCUUCAUUUUUUUAAAAAUAACUGGUCUGGAAGUACAUACCUUAAAAUGACUAAAUAGAGACUGAUGAUGGUUGGUAACAGCUAGUAUUGCGAGUGCAGGAAGAGCAGAUAAAUUUUACAAAAUGCUGGCACAUGUUAUUGGGAGAAGAUUUUUUUUAUUAGGUUAUUGUGACUCAUUUGGGCAUAGGAACUUGCACUUUUGGGUUAACUAAAUGGUUGGUUCUGAUAUUUUAAAAUUUUUAAUUGGCAUUUGAUCUUCAGUGCAAACAAAUGAUAAAAGUCCUAUGGAGAGCACCAUGGAGAAUAUGUUUGAGUUUUGAUUUACUGCAAGCAAGUAACCAGCUUCUCACUCCAUAUUAAAGUAGAUUAGACUACAUGUAAUAAAUUCAAAGCACAUUGUGAGUAGAAGGAAAAGCAAUUCCAUAAAUUUUCAUUGUGGAGAGGUGCCCAUAGAUAAGUUACUACAAGGUAGCACUGUCAUGUUUUUGUUUUCAUUUUUGUUUGUUUGUUUUUAUUUUUGUUUUUUUUUUUUGUUGUUGUUGUUGUUGUUGUUUGUUUGUUUUUUGUUGUUGUUGUUGGGUUUUUUUUGGAUAACCUGAAAGUUAGCAUUCUUAGUCUGACAAGGAAACUGAUACAAGUCACCACUGUACCUUCUGGUUCCCUCUUGUCCUAUGCUCAUGCUUUGUGUAUUUCUUUCAACUCUGCCCCAAGUGCUCUUUGAAAGAGUCCGUAUAUUUAGUCAGCCGAGGGUUGACAUUCUUCCUGUACCUCCUAACAUUGGCAUAUAGAUGUAAAGUUUUUUGUUUUUUUUGUUUUUUUUUUUUUUAAGUGUGAGAGAAUGGUGUGUGUUGGGGAUUUUUUUAUGUGCUGGAGAAAAAUCCCUGCUUUUCCUCUCAAAUGAGGUUUCUCUUAUUGAUUCACUUCUAGAAGUGCUAAACUUCUGAGGAACAAGGAUGCACUAAAUUAGCAAGUUUCUAAUAAAGUUAAAUAUAAAUUAUUUUUGUUUUAAAAUGCCUAAGGUUUUUCUUUAAGUAUUCUAAAGAGCAGGCAGUUAAAAUGAAACUAUUUCCUGCUAAAUGUAACCAUACAUCUUAUUCCAUAAAUGUUUAUUUAAAAGAACUGAUUUUUUUUUUAAGAAAUUAUUUCCAUCCAAUAUUUAAAGACUUGAAUUUUAUUUAAACUUGAAAAUGACUUUGCCUUAACUUUUGUAUAAGACAGCGUAGCGUUAAUGAAGACUGGCCCACUGGGUUGGCAUGAGUGGAAUACAGGAUUACUCAGUUACCAUAUAUAUCUAGGGUCACUGGUUUUACUGAGUAAAUUUACUGUAGAACAGGUAAUGGCAGUUUUUGUAAUAUACCUUAAAGAUCUUAAACAGUUGAACUUUUUCAGAUUGUUGAAAAAUGCUGUAAAUGCAAAUAGUCAAUACUGUAUUAAAUAUGUGCACUUGGAAGUGUGUGCUUUGCUUGUACAGUUGUAAAUAAUCAGAACAUAUAAAAAGGUACCCUAAAGAAAAAUCUGAUAAAAAUUAUUGAUAUAUUAUAAAUGUUGCUGUUGAGCUGGAUGUAGAUAAACUAAAUGUUGUGGUUUGAGUAUUACUUUAAUUUGUUGAUGUUGGUUUUUUUUGUUUGUUUUUUGUUUUUGUUUUGUUUUUGUUUUUUCUUUUUUCCUUUUCUUUUAUUCUGGUGUGCUGAUCUGCCUCUUCACUGCAAAAGGGAAAUGGGGGAAAAUUUUAUUUAAAAACCCUCAGAUGUUUUCAUAUUCAUCUUUAAAAGUGUGCAUUUUAUUCAGUAUGAGUGUGUCUUGUAAUAUAAUGUAAAUAGGCAAUUGGCAGUCUAGUCAAGUAAAUAAAAUAAAACAGAUACAUUUGAAACGAUGGUCCUUUAAAACAAUGUGUAAAUGUGAAAGUAAGCAUCACUAAGAAUUCCUUCUCCCUCCCCCUGCCAAAAAAAAAUCAUACUCCAAUAUUUACGUGAUCACUUCUAAAUAGUAUCAAUACUCAAAAACGUUACAAAAUAAUUUUCAGAUACUUAAAUAAGAAAUAUGUAGUUGAUUUCCCUUCAUUUGACAAAUAGCUGAGAAUCAAAAUUAAUUGGCUUUUUAACACAAAUAAAUUGGACUGCAAGAAAGAUUGCAAUGGCAAGCAAAGACCUGAUUACUUUUUAAUAUUGCACACUUUGUUGUGGGAGGAGAUGGAACAUGAACAACCACAGUUAUCACCAAGAUUACUAAAACCAUUGAGUCACUGGAUUUUAUUAUUUAUUCUCUCCCCCUCCACCCCCCUCUGGACAGUGAACAUGGCAAUUGGAUUUGUAUAUGGCUAAAGCCAUCUGUAAUGAUUUGCUUUGUUUGCCUGCUGAACAUGUAAGUGCUCAACAGCUGCAAACAAUUUAUUAAAAAGGUCACUUAACAGCAACAGUAUACAGCUAAUCAUUAUAGUGAACUGGUACAUUAUAAGGUAAUAUAUUGAGACCAGCAGGAUAUGUUGUACUGUUUUAAUGUAUUCUGCUGCCAUUUGUACUAGGUCAAUACACUGUAAUUACUGCUUACCCAUCAAUAGUCUGUUGCAUCCAGAGUUUAAACCUUGCUGUGAUGUGGUUUUUAUAGCUUUCUUUUUAAUUAAGCAAAAGGUGACAUGCCAAAUAGCUAGCUGUAUGAUGAUACCUCAAAAAAAUCAUACUGCAAUUACUUUGAGAAUUUCCACUCACUGACACAUUGAGGCUAUCAGAAUAGAAAGCUGUGAUGCUACAUGCAGACUUUUGUGAUGGGACAUAUAGCUAAUAACUGUGGCUUUCAUAAAUUCAUUUUUAAACCCUCCUAGUAAGCAGUAUCUCUAGAAUCAGGGGUACAGCAAUUAAAAUUGGAAUUUUGAACUUGUGAAAUUGUGCGAUAAUAUUUUUCAGAAAUAUAAAAAUAGUAUAGAAUCUGGCCCAGUUUUCCCAUAAAUAAUAGUGAUGUAGUUGUUUUUGAAGUUAGUGCCAUGACAAUUUAGAACAGCCCCUUUUCCCCCAUGGUGUCAACAUUGUUGAUCACUAGAAGUCACCUAGUACAGUGACAACAAGCUUUUAUUUUGUUGUGUUCUCUUUUAACAUUUCUGCAGUUGUCAUGAAAAAAGGUCUUGUUUGAAUGUAAUUCAUUGUUUCCCUAGAGCACCAGCUGACUAAUGGUGCAUAUUGCUUUGUAUCUCCUUUAGCUUGCUAUGGUUAAGGAUUUUAUGUGCUUUGUAACCUAUUACACAAAUAGCAGCAGACAAUCAGAUUGAAGGAGAGUUAACAGCUGCCAAUUUGGGAACUAGAAGUGGAAUAUGGAAGCUUCAUUGAGGGUUUUUGUUUUUGUUCUAUUUUUUCCAUUAAGACUGGAAUCAAGCUUACAUGUAAACUAUUGGUAAUUUAAGUUUCUUUUUUGUGUCAACAAUGUAAAACUGUCUAAUUUGAAAAAUGUAGGUUAUGAAAAAUAAAGAUUUAGGCACUGUUCAA